AUGGCUGCGACUACGAAUCCCCUGCACGGGACACAAAACUCGUCCGACCUCCCCGUCUCCUCCAAAACCAUCACAAUUGCCGGCAUCCUCGUCGACGUCCACGGCCUAGACGAACUACCCGCUUCCCCGUCAUCAGUCGCAUGCCUAUGGCUCCUCAAUCCGCGCUUACAGACCAAAGAGACCAUGGCUCCGAUAGCCAGGCGCGUAAUCUCAACCUGGAACAAGCGCGUACAAGACGGUCGCGCCGGCACGCGUCCUAAAGGUCUGAUCGCCGCUGCCUUUGACCAGCGCAAUCACGGAUCACGCAAAGUCGACGAUUUGCACAACCAGGCUUGGAGAGAAGGAAAUGAGACGCAUGCGCAGGAUAUGUUUGGCUGUUUCCACGGCACGGCAACCGAUACCUCACAACUCAUCAACCAUCUCGAAUCCUACAUCUUCACGGCAAAGGACAGUCCUAAGAUCCAAGAACACUUUGCUCUUGGCAUCUCGCUAGGUGGGCACGCGACCUGGCAUUGCUUGCUAGGCGAUCCGCGAAUCACUGCUGGAGUCGUUGGCAUUGGUUGUCCAGACUAUACGCGUUUGCUAACCGAUCGCGCGCGUCUGUCAAAGCGAAAGACAUACAAGGACACUACACCGCCUGGCAGUGCUUUCCUUGGCUCUCCAGACUUCCCACAGGCGCUACAAGAUGCGAUCGCCCAGUAUGAUCCUGCAGGUUUACUGUUACCGGGCAUGUUCAAUCCUCUAGGAGAUGACACGCCGACUGACCAAGCGCAGCUAACCAGGAUGAAAGCGCUAAUGAAGGAAAAACUCCAGGGCAAGCGGAUUCUAAACCUCAGUGGUCAGGCCGAUAAGCUCGUUCCGUAUUCGGCUGGCGAGCCUUUCUACAAGAUCUUCAAACAGGUAUUAGCCGAAGAUUCGAGUCUCGACAUUGUCUUUGAAGAUGUGCUGUUCGAGGGCGUAGAACACGCGUUUCCAAAACCCAUGGCUGAUAAAGCAGCCGAGUGGUUAUGUGAUAUCCUGGCUACAGACGAUGGACCUGUGUCCAGUAAGAUAUAG